AUGACGAUACACACCCACCAUCACCACCACGCCCACCACGCCUCCGCCGCCGGGCCCGGCGGUGCCUCUGAUGCAGCUGCUGCCCUCAAGGGCGCGAACCUCGCCUUCAACAAGACGAAGACGCAGCCGAAGCCCAUCCCGCCCCCGAAACCCACCACAGGCCGUCGUCGCGGGGCAAGCCUCGUUGCCGUAUCUACCGCCUCCAACUACGACCGAAGCACGAGCACGAGCCCAGUGCAACGCCAACAUACAGGCACAACGAGCCUCUCGACGACCCCGGGUGACAGGGACCGCUUCGGCCGCGAUGGCACGACCGACAUGCGCGACCGCCUGUCCAACUUCCUCUCGUCGAGUCCUGCUGCUGCCGCUGCCCAUCUGUCGCCGCACACGAGGCUCGAUCCCAAGAGCCCCAGCUACAUCGCCGCGACCCUUGCCGCAUCCCGCAGCGUGUCGCCCACGCCGCAGCCACACGCGAGCCCCGCGUCCCUGACGCCCGCCCAGCUGAACCAGCUCCAUCAGAUGCAACACGCGAGGUCCGCCGGCGCCAGGAGGGGCAGGCCCGGGAGCGCCGGGUCGUCGAGCGUCGUCAGUAGCCUCGAAUUGCCCGACACGACCUCAAUCCCGGCGACGGGGCAUCUGAUACACAUGUUCGAGAAGGGGGGAGGGGCCGACGGCCUUGAUCCCGUCAAGAGGAGUGGCGGUGGGGUCGUGAGGCCCCAGUUGCGCCCUCCGACACCCGAGAGGGAACUUAGUCCGUCGAGGGCCAAGGCGGCAAGGAUGGGCAUUGUGGAAGAGGAGGCUUCCGCCGUGCAGAAGCCAGUGGUUACGAAGCCGAAGCCGAAGCCCAAGGUGAAGACGCGGCCCGUGACGCCUGCGCUGGUUUCUGAGGGGAAUCCUGUGGAGGACAAGGCUACGCCGAUGGCAAGGAAACCCGUGCCGGCGGCAUCCAACCCGCUGCUGUCGCCGGCUCGAGUUAUCCACAGGCGAACCGAGUCUGAGCAAAUGGCGCCAUCCAGGAAACCCCACCCUUCCAUCACCAUGUCACCAGAGGUUCAGUCAAAGUCGCAGCUUACUCGGGUUCCCAUAACCCAGACCACCAGACCAGCGUCGAAGGUGCCUCCGGCAACACCUGAGCCGAGGAGAGCACGGCCCAAAGCCCAACAGACUGCCGCUCCCAACUCGCCGCCCGUGGUUAAACGGGCAGAAACAGUGGUGGUUUCCCCUAAGCCGACGAGACCGGCGUCCAAAGCCAAGCUGCGGCCGCCGACACCACCACAACCCCGUGGCUCAGUCGGUAAGGCAAAAGGUUCGGAAGCGCCGCCGUUGACCCAGCCUCGGAGCAUGGCGUCAGUCUAUGGCCAUGGUCCCCCCAAGGAGCCCUUCCGUCGCCCCAGCUCCGAGGCCCGACCGUCUACCGCUGACACGAGCUCAUCUAAUGACACGUUCGUGUCGGCCGAGUCGGAUCUUACUGCCAUGCCUGACGACGGCCCAGCCCGGCCAGCUCCUCGUCCGACGCGCUCGGCUCAAAGCACGCCCGGUCGCUCCUCGGCCAACAGCUCGCCAAACCGCGCGACGCCCCGGCGGACUCCUGUGUCGUCGUCGUCGGGCACCAACAUGCCCUUAAACUCUCUGUCCAACGCCAUCAUGGCCGGAUCUCUUGCUGCAUCCCGCCUGACGCCCUCGAACACGGGCAACUCGACGCUCUCGCCGGCCCCGAUGCUGCCCGGGCGCACAAAGUCCCCGCGCAUGCGGCAGACGCUCCGCCAGCCGCCGUCCAAGUCGGACGAUGAGGAUGAGAUGCGCAAGAAGAAGCACCAACGCGCCAGCAACAAGCACUCGCACCGCGAGGGCGCGCGGCGGCGGUGGCGCGACGAGAUCACGCUGCGCGAGCGACGGCGCUAUGAGGCCGUGGGCAUGUUGUCCAAGGCCGAGUUCGUGGUUGGUAUGUGGCUCAUUGAUCAGAGGCUCCGGGGGCGGAAAAUCCCGAUGAAGGUGAGCGAGAGUGUGUGGAACAGCGCCCAGGGCGUCAACGUGCCGCCGCCCAAGGUGAAGAAGUAA